GGACAGCCCCGGGCACCGCCGGGCUCCAACCGCGCUGUGGGUGUACAACCGGACAGGUUCUAUUGCCCUAAAACGGAGCCCAUGCAGCGGUAGGGGAAGAUGUCUGAAAAUCGUUUCAAGAAAAUAGUGUGUGAUCCUUAUAUCAGUGAAUAAUUCCAGUUGGGUACCAAGUAGUGCUUAGUGGCUAUGUCAGGGAUUAAUGCAGUACCGGGAUAGCUCCCUGCAUCAGUGACUGUUUUCCUGUGCUUAAUCCCUGUAUUUACCUUCAAAAGUGAUUCAUAUGUACUGGCAGAUGCCUCAGUUUUGAGAGCAACAACUGUGUUCGUGUCUGAACAAAGAUGAUAGGAAAAGUGCAUCUUGACCUGGCCACAUAGCUGAGAUGCUCUCAGGAGAAGAGAUCCAUUAAAAGAUCCAGGACCAUGAAGAUCUGGGGAAUGACAUGUUUCCCAGACAAUCACCAGGAACCCUCAAAAGACAUCCCCCAGAUAAGUCUGGGGAAGUAUUUAGCAUAUAUUAAUUCCGGAAAUGAAGGAAUUUGUGUAGGUUCCAUGAGCAUAACCUGUUCACUUUGGCUGCUGGCUGUACCUGGGAGAUCCCCCUGCAGCCGGCACUGCUGUAAAGUCGUGUUGGUUUUCUCAGCUGCCAAACUGCAGAGUUCAUUUCCUGGCUUUGGUGACGUUUGUGUUGUCGCAGACAUCCGCGAGCUGAUAGAAGUGGACGAUGUCAUGGAAGAUGAGUCCUUGAGGUUUGGCCCCAAUGGUGGCUUGGUGUUUUGCAUGGAAUACUUUGCCAAUAACUUCAGCUGGCUGGAGGAGAGCCUCGGGCACGUGGAGGAUGACUAUGUUUUGUUCGAUUGCCCAGGUCAGAUCGAACUCUACACGCACCUGCCAGUGAUGAAACAGUUGGUGGAGCAGCUGCAGCAGUGGGAAUUCCGUGUCUGUGGAGUUUUCCUUGUGGAUUCUCAGUUUAUGGUGGAAUCUUUCAAGUUUAUUUCUGGAGUCCUGGCAGCUCUCAGUGCAAUGAUAUCUUUGGAGAUUCCACAAAUUAACGUCAUGACCAAAAUGGAUUUGCUGAGCAAGAAAGCCAAAAAGGAAAUAGAAAAGUACUUGGAUCCAGAUAUGUAUUCUAUGAUUGAAGAUUCUACAAAUAUAUUGAAAAGUAAAAGGUUUAAAAAACUGACCAAAUCUAUAUGUGGACUGAUUGAUGAUUAUGGUAUGGUUCGAUUCCUGCCUUUGGAUCGCUCUGAUGAGGAAAGUAUAAACAUCGUUCUGCAGCACAUAGACUUCACCAUUCAGUAUGGAGAAGAUCUGGAAUUUAAAGAACCAAAGGAGUGUGAAGAAGAUAAAUCUGCUAUUGUGGAUGAAUACUUUCAAGAUCGUGUGGAUGAGUAAAAACAUGUUCAAAUUGGGAGGAAAAAUACUUCACUUUUGGUAAAAAAUAAAAACUAAAAAAAAAAAAAACCCUGAACUUCUACACAAACACACUAGAUGUUUUAUCUGUAAAAUAACUAAUAUUUAUAGUGGAGAGUGAGUUACAUGACCUUGUAACUACUUUAAUAAACAAUUUUUUUAUUAUUA